GAGGUUUUGCACCCGUCGCCGAUCUCCCAGCCCACCUUGCCGCACCAGCACGAGCCUUGGCAAUACCCAGGGGCAAUACUAGUAGAUGCCAGAUUCAGUCAUGGUUUCUACAAGAUUACAAGGCUGGUACGGCGCGUUGACCACAAUGGCAAUCUGAACAGCGCGAAGAUCGCUUUGGGGCUGCUGUCUUCGGUGUCAACCAGCCCACUGGGAUUAUCUCAAGAUUCCCCAGCACACCUCCACUUCUUCUGCAGAGACGGACUCUCGGGACUCUGGCCACCCAAACCAAGGCCCCAGCGCUGGCCAGGGGCACUCGGCUAGGUUACCCGUGCCGUUAGGGCACGGAUCCCACAUAACAAGUCAUCAUACCGCCAAGGCGCCUGGGAGUUCGCGAUCCGACCUUCUCCGUCAACCAAGCGUGCCACCAUCUCCUUUUCUUCAGCCUUGCCACCACCAAGAUACUACAUCAACAGCCACAUCAAGGUCGCAAGCAUAGAAAAUGAACGUCAACUUCAACCGUUCGUUACGAUGCGUGGACCCACUUGAAGUCGAGAAGGUACCGUGUACCAAGUGUACAGCCCACGGACAAGGCUCAAACGGCGCGGGAGCUUACGCCUCUGAUGCGCGCCAUUGCUGUGAUCGCGUUCGGUUGCCUAUUCAUAGCCCACUCCUAUAUAUAAUCGCUGCCACCCAGAAAGGCCAGAUUCGAUUUUGAAAGAGCAUGUUGCGGCCGCUUCUCUUCGCGUGCGUCGUGGCGCGCGCGGUGGGCUUGACAGGCAUUUGCUACGACUCGUACCUGGCAACCUCGCAGGUCGCGUCCGACUUUCGCGUGAUCCGCACCAAGUUUGACGCGGUCCGCACCUACCAAACGAACGUCGGCGGCUUGAACCUCAUUGCAGAAGCCGCCGCCGCCAACCUCAAGGUGGCCGCUGGCGUUUGGAUCCGAGAUCCAUCCAUUUAUGUCGACGACGUGGCAGCACUUGUCGCCGGCAUCAAGGCCCACCCCGACACGGUCCUCGCCGUCUACGUCGGCAACGAAGAGCUUAUGCAUGGCUGGAGCGCCAGCCAAGUGAUUGCCGAAGUCCAGGCGGUGCGCGGCGCGCUUGUCGCGAACGGCAUCACGUCCGUCCCCGUCGGGUCGGUGCAGACGGACGGUGACUUUCUGAACAACCCGGAGCUCGCGGCGGUUUGUGAUGUUGUCGGCGUCAACAUCUACCCGUUCUUUGGGUCGUCGCCGCUUGCGGUGCUCUUCCCGAUCCAGGACCUAUCGACGCGCUACAACGCGGUCGUGGCAGCGUACGGGAAGAACAGAGUCAAGCUCACCGAGACGGGGUGGCCAACGUCCGGUGUCUCGUACGGCACGCCCGUCAUUAGCUUUGCGACCGCCCAAAACUACUACAACAGCUACAUGUCGUGGACGGCGACGUCGGGCGCCGACUGUCCGUUCUACUUUCAAUUCCAAGACGUCACAGCGAAACAAGGCUUUGAAGCGCACUUUGGCUUGUCGGUCGACGGUGUUAGCUGGAAGUUUACACCGCCGACGCCGGCCCCAACGCCCGCACCAACGCCCGCACCAACGCCCGCACCGACAUCGGCACCAACACCGGCUCCGACACCGGCACCGACAACGAAAACGCCGGCACCGACCACGGUCGCCCCCACUACGACCACGACCAAGCCGGCGUUGUCGACGAGCAAUGACACUUUUGUCCCGGAGAAAGGACACUUUGUGUCAGACGAUGGCAACAACACCGACAGUAAUGCUACAGUCGUGGUGACGCCAGCACCGACGCCGGCACCGACGCCGGUAGCCAUCGACAAGCGUGAGGACGAUGCCACAUCCGGCACCCACGUGGCUGAAACUGCAUCGGGCUCGGCGUCGUCGCCGACAACCAGCAUCACCGUCAGCGUCCUCAGCGUCGUCGCCGUGCUCGCACUUGUCGCGGCCGUGUACCACCACUACCGCAAGUCGGACGCGAUCAAGCCCAACACGCUCCUGCCCGGCCGACGCAGCACACUUACGAUCACGCACGACGCGAUCGCCAUCUUGUAGGAUACUAGCACUGCCAUUUUGGGGCAUCCGGUCCAGUCCGAAGACGCCGCAUCUGCAGAGAACCCACGGCGUGAUCGAACCUCGGACGACGUUAGUAGCUAAGCUUUAUACUUGUCCUGGCGCCACCGCUAUUCUUCGGCCAUCGCCAAAGCUACAUGUCGCGUUUGCCUUGAACUUCAACGUGUAAGGUACUUGGCGGUGCGAAUUACGUCGCGAUUUCGCCGCAUGCGCCGUCCUAUGCGCCAAUGAUAUGAGCGGAAAGCAGAUGUUGAGGUGCAAUUCGCUUACAUCGUCGCCGG